AUGUAUCCAAACUCUGGAUUAAAACGAAAGUGCUUGGUAGAUAUUUAUGACAGACAUUUGCGACGAAUAGCAAAGGAGUUGGUAGUUGAUCAUUCUGCUAAAAACACUGAUGUGGUGGCUGACGGAGAAACUAUUUGUAGCCCUUAUUUAUUCAAAAAUACUGUAAUCCAAAACUCUCCAGUACAGAAGUGUGAUCUUCCUGACAGUUCAAAACGAAACAUACCAGAAAACAAAAAUGCUGAGAUUCUAAAUAUUAACUUUAAUGACAUUGAUUUGGGGUUAACAGACAGUAACAACUUAAAUUUUCUUUCAGAGAAUAAUAGUAGUUUGAAUAUUAGUAGUUCAGAUUUGGACCAAAGCUCAGAAAAUUUAGAACAUUUAAAAUUUCCAUUAAAUGAUACAAUACAGAACAAAACACUUAGACAAAUAAUUGUUGACUGGGCAUUACAAAACAAUAUUAAUCAAAAAGCAUUAUCUGAGUUACUGACUAUUUUAAAUCAAGAAUUGCCUAAUGGACACCAAAUUCCAAAUGAUGCAAGGGCUCUCUUAAAGACCCCUCGAAGCACUUUAAUUAGAGAUGUACAUCCGGGCAAAUAUUGUCAUAUAUUAAAUAUCCUUAGGCUGGACAGUAAUUGUUUCAAAUCCUCUAAAAUUACUUUAAAGGUUGGAAUUGAUGGAUUACCACUAUCAGCGUCAAACAAUAGUCAGCUGUGGCCAAUAUUGGGAUCAAUUAACUCUAGUUCAAAAGUAUUUUUAAUAGGAGCCUACCAUGGCUACUCAAAACCUAAUGAUGCCAAUGAAUUUCUGCAAGAGUUUGUAAAAGCAUUACUUGAGCUCAUUGAAAAUGGUGUAAUUUAUGAAGGAAAAAAAUAUAUUUUUGAAAUAUAUUGUAUGAAAGUGUACGUAGGAAUCCAGCUGCUCGUGACUGCACAGAAAAAGAAAUCAUUGACUGCAUUAAAAAUUGGCUUCGUCAGGCAAAUAGCAGAUUUCAGAAUCAGUCGUCUUCAUCCUAUGAAAAUAGGAGAAAAAUUAAGUUCUCUUGCGGAUUACGACAAAAAUAUAACAGAAAUUGUUAGUGUUGGCAGGAAUAGAAUUAAAAUCGAAGUAGAUUCGGGUCUGGUUGCAAAUAGGCUAGUAGAAGAAUCUUUUUUUGAAAAAAAUAAUUUAAUUGCAUUUAUACCUAAUUAUUUGACAGAAAAAAGAGGUUUAGUUCGCGCUGUUGACACUACUAUAAGUGAAAAUAAACUCUUAAAUAUUAUAAAAUCGAAUGUAAUGGUUAAAAAAGUUCAAAGAAUGACUAGAUUAAUACAAAAAGACGGUAUAUCGGAGAGAGUUCCAAGACAGAUGAUUAUUGUUACUUUUGCGGGCAAAUUAAUUCCUCAAUUCAUCUACAUUAAUAAAGUUAGAUGCCCGGUCGAGUUGCUGUUUAGCGUAGUUAAGUGUCUGUCUUAUCCGAGUAAAAGUAGCGAUGACUUACUAAGAAGACAUACAGGCCAUAAGUAUUCCGAUGAAGAUGAUUUAAGGCACAAUUUAUACUUAUUACCUAUUCAAAUAUUGCCUUCUGAAGACUACCAUGGUACAGAAGAACCAUUGUAUGAAAUACCACUACUUGGCAAAUCAAACCCACUUGGUUUAUAUGGAUUAGAGCACCUGUUGCAUGAAAAAUUCUUUGAUAACGAUAAAAGCUUCCAUCCACUUUUACCUUUCGAUAUUGACAAAUUCCUUAGCGUAUUUGAACAAUCCAGUCUUCCACAAUUAAGGCAGUUUGUUCCGGAAUUACCACCCAUUCCUGAAUUACCUGAAGAUCCAGCUCCGGGCGGCAGAUAA